UUGGACUUCAAGGACACAAAGCCAGGCGAAAAAUGUGUAUCACAAGAGGACAUUCAGUUCACACAUUUACUAAAUGAAGGAAUACGCCAGAACGCUGAUGGGCACCUUGAAAUGCCUCUCCCAUUUAAGACACGCCCACAAUUACCAGAAAACAAACUUCUAGCCCAGGUAAGGCUUAAAUACCUGAAGAGAAAAAUUUGAGAAAAAUCCCAAACUUAAGACUGACUAUGUUAAAUUCCUGGAAGGUGUAUUUAAAGACGAUGAUGCAGAAAGAGCUGAAAACCAACCCAAAAGAGGAAAUGUGUGGUAUAUUCCUCACCAUAGGGUAUAUCAUCCUCCAAAGCCAGACAAAAUCAGAGUUGUUUUUGACUGUUCAGCCAAAUUUGAAGGCACAGCUCUGAAUGAUCACCUGUUAGCUGGACCUGAUCUCACCAAUGGGCUCACAGAAGUGCUCUGCAGAUUCCGCAAACAUCCAAUUGCAGUCAUCUGUGAUGUAGAAAAAAUGUUUCACAGAUUUCAUGUAAACCAAGACGACAGAGACUACUUACGCUUUUUGUGGUGGGAAAAUGGCGAUACAAGUUCAGAACCAAAGGAAUAUCGCAUGAAAGUUCAUCUUUUUGGAGCAGCAUCUUCUCCUGGUUGUGCGAAUUACGGAAUGAAGUAUCUGGCCAGUCAGAAUGAAAACGAGUAUCCUGCAGCAGCCAAUUUUAUCAGAAAGAAUUUUUAUGUUGAUGAUGGCCUCAUCAGCGUAGAUUCUGUGGAAGCAGCCAUCCGACUUGUUGGAGAAGUACAAGACGUGUGUUCAAGGGGGAAAUUACAUCUUCACAAGUUCAUCUCCAACAGCAGAGAAGUCUUGGAGUCUUUCCCUGACACUAAACGAGCUAAACAAGAACUUAACGAUGUAGAUCUCAGCUAUAAUGAACUGCCAAUCCAAACUGUGCUGGGAAUAAGGUGGAAUGUGAAGAGUGACACGUUCUCCUUCAAGGUUGCUCUAGAUGAAAAGCCAACAACUCGACGUGGGAUUCUUUCAACUGUAGCCUCAAUGUUUGAUCCACUUGGCUUCCUGGCCCCCUUUCUUCUGCUGGGAAAGCAAAUACAACAGGAGAUGUGUCAAAGGGGCAUUGGAUGGGAUGAACCACUCCCUACAGAAAUAAAGCCACAAUGGGACAGUUGGCUAAACGACCUUAAGAAGCUACAACAACUCCAAAUCUCAAGAUGCCUUGUUUUGGAAGACCCUAGCAAGGUUCUGAAUGUUGAACUACAUCACUUCUCAGAUGCAAGUAGCCAUGGAUAUGGUCAGUGCUCUUACAUGAGAGUAGUGAGUGGAGACAGGGUGCAUUGCUUCUUAGUCAUUGGUAAAGCCAGGGUGGCACCCACAAAGAUUGUAACUAUACCAAGGUUGGAAUUAACUGCAGCAGUGGUUUCUGCAGCAAUUAGCAGCAUGUUGAGGGAGGAGUUGGAGCUCAAAAUUGACGAGGAAUACUUUUGGACAGAUUCCCAGGUGGUCUUAGGCUACAUUAACAAUGAAGCGAAGAGAUUCCAUGUGUUUGUAGCAAAUCGCGUUCAACGAAUCAGAGAGACCACUAAUCCUGCACAGUGGUACUACGUCGAGACUGAUCAGAACCCAGCGGAUCACGCCUCCAGAGGGCUUAAGGUGGAAGAGUUGAUGAACUCGAGUUGGUUCACUGGUCCCAAGUUCCUAUGGGAAAGAGAAAUUGUCACGCCAAAAUCUACUCCAAAGAUUCUGAUAGGGGAUCCAGAAGUCAAGACAAUACAGACACUGCAAACACAAGCUGAAAAGGAGGACAGGUUUAUAGAGAGGUUUGAACGGUUCUCAAAAUGGAAUACAGCAAUAAAUGUGUUGUUCGGAUCCAGAAACUAGCAAAGGAUUAAAACCUACAGAACCCGUCACUGUUGAAGACAGAAGGAAAGCUGGUUUGGCACUGAUCAAACUAGCGCAGAAAGAUAUCUUCAAAGAGGAAAUGCAAAUACUUGAAACAAGACACGGAAAACUUCCACAGAACCACAAACUGUUUCAGCUUGAUCCUGUCUUAGAAUAUGGUGUGCUAAGGGUGGGAGGUCGACUGAGAAAGGCUGCCUUACCUUUGGACGUGAGGCAUCCAGUGAUUCUACCAAAAUGGUGUGGUAACCCGACUCAUCUUAGGCUACUGUCAUGAGAAAACCCAGCACCAAGGCAGAGGGCAAACCCUCAAUGAACUGAGAGCAAAUGGUUACUGGAUUGUUGAGGGCAGCAAGGUUGUAGCAAACUACAUCAACCAGUGUAUUACAUGCAGAAGAGCUCGAAGGCCUACAGAGAUGCAAAAAAUGGCAGAUCUACCUGCUGCACGAGUCAACCCUUCUCCACCGUUUUCUUAUUGUGGUAUGGAUUGUUUUGGUCCAUUCUACACUAAGCAGGGUCGUAAAGACCAUAAGAGGUACGGCCUAAUAUUCACCUGCUUAUCCUCCAGAGCAGUGCACAUUGAAAUGGUGGGAGAUCUGUCAACCGAUGCUUUCAUAAAUGCUUUACGCUGUUUAUAGCAAUUCGUGGAAGUGUGAGACAAAUUAGAUCUGAUCAAGGGACAAAUUUUGUUGGGGCAAGAAAUGCAUUAACAAAGGCUCUGCACGAGAUGGACAAAGACAAGGUCACAGCUUACCUAGCAGAAAACCAAUGUGAUUUACUAUGAAUGUACCUGAUGCCAGUCACAUGGGAGGUGCAUGGGAACGGCAGAUUAGGUCUGUUAGGAGCGUCCUGAGCAGGGCCCUCUCUCAGAGUGCUGGAAGAUUGGAUGAUGCUUCCUUAAGGACAUUCCUAUAUGAAGCCAUGUCAAUCGUGAAUAGUCGUCCACUCACUGUUGAUAAUAUCAAUGAUCCCAAAGGCUUAGAGCCACUUACCCCAAACCACUUACUCACCAUGAAGGCAUCUAUCCCACUGCCUCUACCAGGAAAAUUUGAGAGUGAAGAUCUAUACGCCAGGAAACGAUGGCGUAGAGUUCAGUACUUGACAGAGCAAUUCUGGUGCAGAUGGAGGAAAGAAUAUCUGGCAAGCCUCACCCUCAGACAGCGCUGGCACUCUCCAAAGCGGAAUGUGAAGGUUGGAGAUGUUGUUAUUAUCAAGGAGGAAGGCGUUCUGCGUAAUGACUGGAGACUCGGAAGAGUUCUUGACGUAUGUACAGAUGAAGAUGGUCUGGUGCGGAAGGUCAGAGUUCAAGUAGAAAUAAAGAGUUAGAACAGAAGGGUCAAAGAUCCAAGGGUCCCUCUAUGCUUGAACGCCCCAUACACAAAUUAGUUGUGCUUGUGGAGAAUAACUGAAUGGAGACACAUCUGUAACAUAGUCUAGGAGUUUAAGAUUUACUCCUGAUUUAACACAUUUGUAAAAAAUGUUUUCAAUAUAUGUGAUGAUCUGAAAUUACUAGAUUGUGCAAAGGGCUGUCAGAAAUUUUAGUAAUUUGGUGGGAGUGUAAGUGUCACAGAGACAUAUUUAAUUUAAAUUAUUUCCUGAAACAAAAUGUUGUUAUUUUGAAAGUAUGUCCAAGCCUUUAUUUUGAUGUAGGGGUCACUGGCGGGAGUUUGCAAGGAGCAUUGUGGGUCAGUAGCAUGAGGGCAAAGGAGAGACGCUAACUGCUGGUAAUUCUGCGCACGAUCCCAGAGGCGCACACGGUAAUUGUGGUUUAAUGUUGUCGAUGCUAUUUGUCGUGUACAUGUUCAAAGCAUUUAUUUAAUUCUAUUGUUGUAGUUUUCACGGUGUCUGAUGAAGAAGAAGCGUAAAUAAAGAACGUCAAAGACAUCAGUACGAUGCGUGGCAAUCAUUGUGGAUCUGUGCAGCUACAGUACACAGGUCACUGUGUAUUUAAGCACCACUUCUCACCCUAGUACCUCGCCAGAUUGUUAGUUCGUGUUGCGUGUUAUUCACCACCUUCCAGCGUUUUGUAGCCUAGCCCAGUCUUGUUUUGUGAACCUUGUUUUGACCACUGACGCCGAGCGUGUCUAAUCCCUGUCUGUCUUGUAUGCCUUGGAUUUUGAUCUUGCC